GGCUCGCAUCUUUUUAAGCUUCAAAAAGAACACAGUUCACUUCUUCCUCUUCUCUUCUCUUUACGCUCUGCUGCCAUUCUCGACAGAGCAUCCAACACGCCUCGUAACUGCAGGCGAUAGAGGGUCUGUGACAGUGAUAUCACGGCAGUGUGUCGCAAGCCCAGAGGGUUAAGGUCGCCCUUUAUUUAUCCUAGACAUGGACAUAUUCUGGGCGGCACCUCCUAUCUCAAGGACCAUUACAGCACUUACAUUCGUGCAGUCUGCUCUGUUCUACGGAGGAUUGCUCAGUGGAUAUCACUUAGUGUUUCUCCCAUGGAAUCUUCUCAAACUCCCUCCGCAAAUAUGGAGACUUGCCACUCCUUUUUUCCUCACAGGGCCGAACAUCGGGUUUCUCUACGACCUCUAUUUCAUGUAUACCUAUAGCAGCGCUUUAGAGAAUGAUUCUCCCCUCUUCAGCAUGCCCGGGGACUACUUCAUUUAUGUUAUUUUUGUAGGCACUGUCAUAGUGCUCACCGCAGGUUUUCUCUUGGGGGGCUUCGUCUUCACUGGUGCACUGAUCCUUGCGUUUGCCUAUACCUAUGCCCAGGAGAACCGGGGUAAGAAGGUGAGGUUCUUUAUAAUCAAUAUUCCUGUGGUGUUCCUGCCAUGGGCUAUACUCGCCCUCACUCUCGUAACGAAAGGAGGGCAUGCAACAGCAGUGGACGGUACCGGUAUUCUCGCGGCUCAUCUCUAUCAAUUCCUGGUCCGCAUCUAUCCGGAGUUUGGGGGUGGCAGAAAAUUUAUCACCACACCUGGUUUUGUCCAGAGAUGGUUUGGCGGCAACCGACAGGCCUACCGUACCUAUGGAACGGCAUAUAGGCCCCCGCGGCAGCCCUCGCAGGCAUCGUCUGGCGGAUGGAGUUCGUCCUUCACAGACUCCUGGAGCGCUCGGGGUGCCGGUAGGAGACUGGGCGGUGAUUAGGGUAGGUUUACCAAAUACUCCGUCGGUAGGCGUGCAUCCAUUAGUCGAAUAUGAGAACCCUAUGUACGAGAACAAGAAGCUUGCAAUGUCGCAUCAGUUAUUCAUAGUGAGCGAUAAUAUAAUAUUAGAUUUCUAUCGACU